AUGGAUAUCGAGGAUCCCUGGAAAAGCGCUGAUUCUGGCUCUUCACCAGCUGGUUUGGGUGGUUUCGGUAUUUUGCAGCGCGGCAAUGAUGACCAGUUGAUGAAAAUUAAAGAGAGUUUGAAGAAGGGUUUGAAUGAUACAACCUGGGGCCCAGUGUACAAGCUUUUCGAGGAUGAGGAUUCUUCCGCCAUGGAAUUUGAAGCUGCCACAGAGAAGAUAGACGUGAACGAGAAGCAUUUGACAGGCGUACCACUACUUACGUAUUGUGUUGCGUUUGAUAGACUGUCAUUUCUUGAGUCACUUUUGAUGACGAAGGACAAUAGGAAGAAAAAGAUGGAUUUGAAUGUUAAAGAUGAUUUCAACAAGUGGACGCCAAUUAUGUGGUGCUGCUACUUGGACCGGUAUUCGUGCUUGACAGAAUUGAUGAGAUUUUCGGACGAGCUUGAUCUUUACUACAAAACGGCCACUGGGCAGUCACUAGAGUCGCUAGCAGUUCCAGGUACGGCGAUAUAUGGCUUUAUGGAUAUUCACCAGGUGUUCACGAAAAAACCACAACAGGUCGAAGACUUAUACAAAGCGCCAGCUGAUAUAAAUCCAGGAAUUGACUCUACUAUGGAUGAGUUGAACCUACAGACUGCUGGUUUACGAGUUCAUGAUGAUAUAGACGAGGAUACUGCGUAUUUCCAUCCUGCAGAGCGCAGCACUGCUGUGGAGCAACCUCCAGACAUUCCACCAGAAUCAGAAUUCAAUUACAAAAUUUUGGAACCAAGACAAUACAUAGUAUUCACUAGUUUGGAUAUCGAUAAAAUAGCCGCUUUGGUGGAAACAAUCCCAAACAAAUUUCCUCAUAAACCUAAUAUUGCAGCAGCGGUGACGUUCCAAUGUAUUAGAUACGCACAUCAUAAAAGAAAUAAUAGGAAAAUGAUUGAGUCUGUCUAUGAUUUAUGUCUGCAAAAGUUAUGUCCUCCAGAAGAAGAUCAGGAUAUAUUGAAGAAAUCUUACGCUUUGGGUUAUCUCAACUUUUUGUAUUAUUACCUAUACCGUGAUGAAACGGUCCUACCUGCAUAUCCAAAUAUCUUACAGAAUAUUAUAGACACUAUGCUAUCAUUGAUAAAGAGCUUAUCAUCGGCGAUCAAUAAUAGAUUAAAACCGUUGUUAGUUCCUGGCAUUCUUGAAUACACGACUAUCUCAGAUGUUAAAGAAACGCUUUAUAAGAAUGAUUGGAACUUCUUCAAAAAGAGGAAGAUCAAUCGUUUAAAACACGAUUCGUAUGACCACAUUCUAAAACAGCUUUACCCACCUUCUGUGAAAGAACAAAUGAAACCAUCUCCACUAAAAAUUGUUCAAAUAUUUGGAGCAUUAACGUAUGUCUUCGAUUUACACAGCAUACACCCAGUGCUCCUACAGCAAUGUAUCUCAAUUUCGGCUAAAUGGUUGGCUCACACGAUCUUUAAUGAAUUAAUUCGUUCGAAGCAGCUCCUAUCAAGGGCACAUGCAAUGCAAAUUAGAUUGAAUCUCUCCAUUUUGCAUGAUUGGGUCAAAAACCAUAACUUUAAGGUUGAUAAACCAGAACUAAUGGACACAUUUAUGUGGCAAAGAUUCCCUUUGACAAUUGUUCAGGAUGUUGGCGCUAUAGAUCUAAGUGACCCCUCUAAGCAACCAAUAAAAAAUGUAUUGUUUUAUAAACCUGUUGCAGAAGAGCCAUGUUCUGAUGAAACAAACUCUCUGUUCUUCUAUCAACCCUUUGCUCGAAUAUGGCAAUACCACUUUGAACCCGUCUAUCAGCUUUUGCAAUGGUUACAGGUUGCGACAUCUUUGGAGGCAAGUGAAGAUGUUAUGCAGAGCACAUUGAAGUUGUUCAACAGAUUGAAUGCUACUCAAUUGUACAAGUCCCUAGAUCGUUACAGAUAUGAGAUCAAUGAGGAGAAAUCUAAGAUGAAGAAGCUUUUAAGACAGCGUGUUAAAGCUGAAAAGGAAGAAGAACCUAUCAUGUUGGAAACUGAGUUUGAUGUUUAUUUGGCAUUACCCACAUUGCAUGAGCUUUAUGCUCUAUACGAUGAAUGUGAAUCGAGUUACAUAUAUCUCCCUGUACUACCAGUAGAGAUACAAGACGAAGUAGAUGAUGUUCAUGACCAGGUCAAAGGCGAUCAAGAUCUGGAAACAGCAUCUGGUACCUUUGAAAACAUGGAUGAACCAAAACCGGCAGCACAUGCAGUUUGGUCUUCAAACGACAUGAAACUUCAAGAGAAUCCUUGGUAA